AUGGGAGAGACUACAAUAGUACAAGGUGUUGGUAAAUGUCCGAAACUGCCAUGGAUGGUGGAAUUUCACACAACAGCCGAUGGAAAAAUUUUCAACAAUCAACUGGAAGCAGCCUUUGCGCCGAAUCUUUUGGAGCAUUUAGCGAGUCUUCAAGAGAAAAGUAAAGUGAGGAGAAAGAGGUUGACGCAAUUUUCGGUUAUAAUCCCCCCGAGGAUUUCAACUGAACAUAUUGAGGAGUUUUUAAAGGCAGGAAUGACUGUGGCUCUUAUCAGAAUAGAUUAUUUUACUGUGGAAGAGAUUGAAGAGACUGUGGCAAUGAUCAGGAAUGUUGUGGACAAGUUUGGGAAAAAAAUUGGGCGGAUUUAUCCCAUUGCCAUAGGUUUGGAUAUCUCAGAACAGGAAAUAUUGACCGGAAAGUUGCUAAAGCCUCUGAAAGAAAUUGAACUGCAAAAAGGACAAACUACUAAAAUAGUUGCCAAAUCAGAAUUUGCCAAUCGGGUCAGCAAGGAUUAUAUUUACGUCAAUUAUGAGAACAUAGCAGAUGUUGUUAAACCCGGCGAUAGUGUUAUUAUUGGUGAUGACAACAUUCGUAUGUCUGCUAUUGAAGUAGCAAGAGAUAUUAUCAAUUGUAUCAUCGAGAAAGCAGGUCUACUCACCGAUAAUCUUUCCGUUAAAUUACCCAACGUCCCGGUAACCUUACCCAAAACGAAAUCUCACGAAAAGUUAACCCUAAUCAAAGAAAAAUGCGAAAUUGAUAUUGUUUUUGUGGGUCCGGGUAAAAUCGACAUGAUUAAAGAAGUUUUAGGCCCCAGUGUCCUCAUCAUUGCCAAAAUAGAAUACGCCUCUUCUGUCGAUUUCUUUGAGACUUUGGUCAAAAAAGCCGAUGGUUUUAUAAUCGACGGCGAGAAACUUAUGGUAACGUCGAAAGAAAGAGUUUUUCUUGUUCAAAAAUCAGUCAUUGCUAAUUGCAACAAGUUGGGCAAACCGGUUUUAGCUUCGAUUAAUUGUCACUCAGUGACGAAAUCGAUAGUUAACGAUAUUGCCAACACUGUAAUCGACGGAAUCGACGGUUUGUUGCUACCACCCGAUCCCGAUUUGAUCGAAUCAGUUUCGUUGAUUUGUAAAGCGGCCGAAGGAGCGGUUUAUCAAAAACAACUUUUCGAUGAUUUGGUUAGUCUAAAACCGCCACCGAUUGAACCGAUUAUCUCAAUAUCAAUAUCAGCCGUUGAAGCUUCUUUCAAAAGCAACGCUGCUGCUAUUAUUUUGAUAACAACAACAGGGAGGUCAGCGAAAUUGAUUUCGUCGUUUAGACCCAGAUGUCCAGUUAUCGCCCUGACCCGAUUUGGCCGAAUCGCUAAACAGCUUAUGAUUUAUAAAGGAGUGAUUCCGAUUUUUUACGUGCAAAACUCUGGAGACACGUUUAAAAAGAAUGUCGAGAAGAUGAUUCAAUUAGGAAUGACGUUUGGUAAAAUCAACGGUUAUAUCAGGAUGGGUGAUGCAGUUGUUGUUGUUUUUGGUACACGAAAUAAUGUUGGUUUCAAAAAUUGCAUGGAAGUUGUGUUUGCGUCUGAAUACGAUACAAAACCCGACGAAGACGACUCGUAUUAA